UGUCAACUUAGUGUCGAACACACGUGUUUUUAAAGUAUGUUGUUACGAAAAUAAUAAUUAUUUAAGUAUUUGAGUAGAUAAAGCUUAGAAAUCUCUAUAAUUACAACUUUCAAUAAUGGAGUCAGUUCAAAUGGAAAAGAUAAUACAACAAUUCAACGAUUUGACCGCCAAACCAGUGAAAUAUCUAGCUGUACAAAACGAAAUCAAGGAUGAUAUUAAAACCUUGAUUAAAUCUGUAUAUGAUUACACAAAGAAGGAGGAGACGGUAAACAAAAAGAAGAAGAACAGUGCCUUGAAAGAAUUGAUCGUAGAUGAUUUCGACGAAGAACAAAUUUGGCAGCAAAUUGAAUUACAAAACACAGAGUGUUGGGAUCACUUGGUCUGGGAUGUAGCGAAUUGUCUGUCUAAUAAAAACGACUUAGCUUUCCCAGUUCAAAUAGGUGAACCAGUUAAAGAAAAACCUAAAAAACAAAGAAAAAAUGCAUCUGAACCCAUUGAAUCUAGUGAAGUUGAAAAUACAGUUAAACCUAAGAAUAAAAAGUCUGAAAUAAAAAGUGUGAAUCCGAAACAAAACAAAAGAUCAACCAAGCAUUCAUCCAUAGUUGAUGAUCAAUUCUUUAAAUUGAAGGAUAUGGAACAAUUUUUAAUAAAUGAAGAGAAGAUGGAAGAAAAAGGCAAGAAGAAAGACGAUGAUGAAGAAUCAAUAGACUUGUUUGAAGAUUUUGAUGAUGAUGACGAUGAUGAGGAAAAUAGUAAUGAAAUGAUGUAUAAAGAUUUCUUUAAUGAUGAAAAUGAAGAUGAAUUUGCUUAUGAUACAGCUGGAGAUGAUGAAAUUAAUCCGAGUACCAAUGAUGUAGAUGAGGAUGAAGAUAUUGGUGAUGGUAGUGAUGAAAUGGAGAAAAUGGAUGAAGAUAUUGAAGCAGAGAGUGGUGAAGAGGAACCAGAAAAAGGAAAGGAAAAGAAGGUUAGAUUUGCUGGUCUUCAACCAGACAGUGCAUCAGAGAGUGAUUCAGAGGAUAGCGAUGUAGAAACUGCAAAAACAAAUGAGAAUACAGAAAAAAAUGAAAAGAAAUCUGAAUUUGAAUUGAGACAAGAGAGACUUAAGCAACAGAUUUCAAAACUAGAAGAGAAAAACAUAACAGAGGCACCUUGGCAAUUGAAAGGAGAAGUUAAUGCUAUGAAGCGGCCUCAAAAUUCACUACUUCAAGAAGUUCUAGACUUUGAUCUAACAACUCGACCAGCACCUAUUAUAACAGAACAAACUACUGUCACUCUAGAAGGUCUAAUUCAACAGAGGAUAAAAGACAAAGCCUGGGACGAUGUUGUUAAAAAAGAGAAGCCAGUAGAUGACCAACUAACAUUUAAGAAGACAGAAGUAUUGGACCACGCUAAAAGCAAACAAAGUUUAGCGCAAGUAUAUGAAGCAGAAUACUUGAAACAGAAGCAAGCAGCAUCAGGUGAGAAGGUGGAAGAAGAGGAACCAGAGAGUCAUAAAGACAUCAGAGAAUCAAUGACUAAGUUAUUUGCAAAACUCGACGCUCUAUGCCAUUACCAUUACACACCAAGAGCGCCGCAAGCAGAAGUCAAGAUAGUCAGUAAUACACCAGCUAUUUCUAUGGAGGAAGUGGCACCAGUUGCAACAAGUGAUGCUGCUUUAUUAGCUCCGGAAGAAGUCAGGAAGAAACAGAAGGGAGACUUAAUGAGUAAGGAGGAGAGAACUAAAACGGAUAAGAACAGAGAGAGAAGGAAAAAGAAGAAGUUGCAGCAAAAGAAGGGAGGUCAAGUUAUGAAGGUGACUGAUCACCGGAAUACAAGCAAGGGUGUAGAGGCUAACGAUAAAUCUUUGAAGACGUCGAAGGCAUUCUUCCAGCAAUUAAAUGAUGAUGCAAAAAGCAUAAUUAAAAGUAAAAAUGUUAAUAAAAAGAAAUAAAUUGUUUUGUGUGUA